UAUACGUUCAAAGGCAUGACCAUACCCAGUGAGAUUCUCACUAGAUUUGGUGUGCCAUACUUUUUCACUUCAAAUUUUUGCUAAUCUGCGAAACAGUAUUACUUUAUUUUGGGGUUGGUAAAGAAAAAUAGGUACAAGUGUACUGUUGUCAAAAUUAGAUUCACAAGCAUCGACGUAUCAAAACUGGACACAAUGAAACUGCGUAGAUUGCGACACGUGUUAUUGUAUGGUUUAAAACAAUUCAAUCCUAUUGUUUAGAAGCUGAGCUUUCAUACUUUUCAUAGCAAUAGAAUUUUCACAAAGUUUACUUACAAAACACAACAUUUCGAGCAAUUAUCCACAGCGUCAAACUAGCCAUCGGAUCCGCAAACUAGCAAGAUUUUUCCCUUUCGUCUGUUUGCAAUCACUACUUUUCGAGAUCUAGGUAUUAAUAGACAAGUGAAUGCUAGCUGAAUGUUAACCGGAACAAGACAGCUUUUGAAGUCACUGAAAUCACGAAGAUUCUUGUGCGAGUGCCUGUUACACGGCGAGUUUACAAGCAAGGCACGGCUAUAAAAGAUGUUCCAUGUAGAAGAAACAAACAGUAAAUUCUUCGCAGGGAUGUUCUUACAGUGAUAUAACUUAACAUAUAGACUGCACAAUCUCUGAAUUGUCUUUAUAUUAGAGCAUACUGACAUAAAGACUGUGCCUGGGUUCAUGUUGCAACUGAGCUGUUUAAGAAACCUUCAAGAAACUACCAUUGUAUAAAAAUUAUUUAUUGAAAAUUUGGCCGUCGUUUAAGGUGUUUAAAGUAAAUUGAGGUACAUAUACUUUCUAUGAAACGAAACGUGGGCGUAUAUGAAAUUAACUUAUCAAUAUAGACUUACAAUUUGGUGUUGGAGUUUUGGAGUUGGGAAAUACUGUACAUAACAUAGUCAUUGCUGAAAAAAUUCCUUGUACUUUGGAAGGAUGCUACUUCUUUGUACUGGAUGUUGCUAUGAUAACUUAAAUGCCAAAGAUGGCAGAUUUCUAGUUGCAAAACAAAUUAAGAAUAAAAUCAUCAAGAAGGUUGAAUUCUCGCCCCUCCCGUCAUAUAGGACUUAGAAGAACGAGUAUCUAAAGUUGAAAAUUUAAACAUCCGUGACUUGUUACUCCUUAUAUUACGCUAAAGAAAUUCUCUUGUCGAUCAUCGUUCAUUCAUAAUUCAUAACUAAAUCAGAAUAUUCAAAAAAAUUAAUAGAUUUUUGACCAUGUAAUUUUAUUUGGCUGAUCUAUGACUGAUCUGCCUUUGAACAGCCAUGAGCCGCUAAUUAAUUUUUAAGUAUUUACAUAUCAUUAUGACUGGUCAUUCUACCUGACGGGCACAGGUUAACUGUCGGCAAGCCUGUAUUUGGAUGUAGGAGGCUUUCGGCUAAUGUGCAUUUGUGGGAACCAAAAGCACUGAUGUCUUAUUGGGAAGAAAAUAUAAAAUGUGGUCAGCGUGGGGCCGUUUGCGUGAUUACGUGUAUGGCCUAUUGUUUUUAAGCAAUAUAGGCCAGUCAAGAGACUCUUAAUGAUGUCAUACCAAUACAGCAGCUCUGAAUGAACAUAAAUUGUAAGCGUAACUUUAGGGAUAAACAAUAGAGCAAAAAUGAUUGUUUAUUGAAAAAGAAUGAUAGUUGCGGCCAGGGAAAUAGAUCUCUGAAAUAGGCUGAAGAAUACAAGGUUAUUUUCUGGUAAUCAAUGAAGUUGUGCGUGUUGUACUAAUUACAAGGUUAAUAGAAUAAGAUUACAAGGUUAAUUUCUGGUUACUGUACCAAAGAUUUGCUGACUGCCAAGGGUGGCGUGCUUCUGUAAUAGCUACAGUAAAACAUUUAGCGCCAAUUUUCUUAAAUGAAGAAACUUCUACCAAUGUCAUUUCUUAAAAAUGCAUAUUGAUGGCUUUCGUUCUUUUGUCUAGUUUAUCAACAAUUAGGUUAAUCGUCGUUAUCUGAUGAAGGGCAGUUCUGUUAAGCAUUUGAUUAUUAUGAUCAAUUGAUCAUUGCCUAUCGAUAAGCAUUUGAUUAUUAUGAUCAAUUGAUCAUUGCCUAUCAUUUAAGGUUAUGCAUUAGUACUGAUAAUUGAUCUACACGAAUUGAUAAACUGAUAGCCACACAUCAAUGAUUGACAAGUUUUGUAAUCAAUCUUAUUCUUUAUCGAGUCAACAAAUAACUGUUUAUUUCUGCCUGAUAUGAUUUUAUUUAUUUUUUGCUAAGUAUACAUAAUGAUCUUUAAUACAAGGAAAUCAUCACUGUCUAUUACGUAUAAGGCUAGGCUGAAAUGUCCACUGCCAAUUGUUACACACUAUCAAUACUUUUCUAGUACGUGCAAUCGUCCGGUUGCUAUACAUCAUUGCCCGGUAAGAUUUAUCAAUUGAUGAUUGCAAUGAAUCAAUCACGGUCCACCUUUUGCAAGAAAAGCAACUGUACUUCUCCUCUGUACUGUAUAGAUAAUGCAAUCAUCUACCUUGGGUGCUAGAGCCUUAAAUAGUGGAUCGGUGAAAGAGCCUUGACAGUCACUUUCCCUGAAGCUCUGGUACCCAUGGUAACAAUCAUCUAGAUAUCUUCUUUUAGAUAAGUGAUACUUGAUAUAUGGCUUCAAUGAAAAAGUCACAUUUAUUCAAACGUUAGAUUAAGAAAAGAAAUAAUACGGUGCAUCAUAUUUUUAAAUCUCAUGUUGAUUCUUUCUUGUUUUUUAGGCAUCCUUCUCACCUUGUUUUGCAUUGUAAGUCUUAACUUUCGCGCCAUAUACACCCAAUCCUUCAAUUCUACACCUUUACUCAAUUUUCAACUUUCACUCUCCCUUUUCUUUAACCUGAUGAACAGUCAUGCUCGACACGCCCUAAUAAAAAAAUAUUUCUUCGUUUAUAAGCUUUUUGAUUAAGUAACAUUUUGUUUUGUAUUUGUAUUUGUUGCUACCUAGCAUCCGAAGGUAAUUUUUAGGACACUGAGAAGCUAUGCUUGUCGAGCAGUGUCCUGGUCCUUCCUCUCGAUGUGACCACACCUCGUGAUUCCUACGCCUGGAUUACAGAUAGCUGGCGACUCUCCCCACUCUGGGUGAAAGUUUGGUCAUGCCAGGGGCUCGAACCACGGACCCUUGGGUCUGUAGUCAGCGCCUCUAGCAACUGAGCCAUCCUCACACCUUUACAUUUGUAACAUUUACAUUACAUUUGAUCGGAGUCAUUUGUCUAAUAACCGUCUUAAACAGAUGGAAUAUUAGACAUGAUGGCCUAUAUAUAAAAUAUUCUAGUAGAGUGUGCAUUCAAACAAGUGGGAUUUUAUUCAUAUUUAUGUCAGUUAUUUGUUUUUUAUAGGAUGCCAUAUAAUGUUGUGACGCCAGAUCUUAUGGUUGAUUACAAAAGUGUUUUCUAAUUUCUAAUUUCAUGAAAGAACGUGGAGUUGAAAGUGAAAACUGCAUUUUUUACCCAGAACAUUCUUUUGCAAGGGUAUAUGCUGCUAGGAAACUUAGGAUUAAAGAGCAAAUAAUAAUCUAAAAGCCAUAUUAAAAUGGAAGGAGAAAACAUUUCUAAAUUUUCUAACCAACAUUUUGGGAAGAAAACAUACACCCCAGUCAAUCUCUUGGUAACAGCUGUUUUCUUAGUAUUCGCAGAGCUGUGAAAAUGGUGUCAGAUUGACAUAGUUUUCUAUAAUCAUCAUCAUAUAUUUUUUACUUUUUCGUUAACAUUAUAUAAUCAAAAUUUCUAGUAAGCAUAAAUAAGCCUAUCAUUUGUAAUUAACUUUUAAGCCUUUUAGAUUUCUUGUAAAUAUUAGCUGAGAGAGGUUUUGUGAAAUCAGAGUUUCCCCUUUCCUGUUCUUUCGACGAAAUCUUUCGUGAACCUAAAUCAAUCGAACUGAAAAAGUCCAACCUAAUCUCGAUGGGUACGUAGUUUACAGUAUUUUGCCUCCAUCGAUCAAGAAUUCCCUGGAAAAAACUGUGAUUCUGCGUGGAGUGCAGGCAAACUUUUGCUUUUUCACUAUCAUAAUAUUAAAGUGGAUGCAUAGCAUGCAAUUUUUGAGGCUGUUAAGAAAAAUCGAUGAUUUUGAAUCAAUUAACAGCCAAAAGUGUUUAAUAUUUAAGUUCUCGUGGUCAGUCCGUGGGAAGAGCAACAAGGGACCUAUUUGCAUAACAGUAUAUAAAAUACAGACCGUGCAAAAUAGUUAGUAGCACAGCUGUUUGGCGAAAAGCAGCUCCAUAGCAAAUUCAAGAGCUGAGUUGCAACUCUCAGUAUAAUUAACUAGAAAUGCAGUUCAACAAGGCCCUCAGCUGUCAAGCGUUGUUGUAAGAGCUUUGCUGAGCUGUCAUCUGACUUCUGGAACUUCAAGAAGAAGAAACGACAUUUGCUACAACUGCUAGGAAUGUAGAGCAUCUGCACAUUGAUCAUGAACAAUACAUGGCCUAAUACUUCAAUCAGCCAAACAGACAGCACCAUUUUCGUAUUUGAGACAAGGUGUCAUUUCUUCAGGGAAACAUACGUGUAUAGUUCGGCCUUUAAAUGGAGCUUCCUUUCAGUCGGUCUCUUGGAUGUUAUUUUGGCAGCCCUUACAAGCACCCUAAAUCUGUUCACCUUAGUAGUAAUAUACAAAUCAAAAUCUCUGCAUACCUCUUCAAAUAUGUUCAUUGCUGGACUUGCAACAUGUGACUUGUGUACCGGAUUUAUAACAUUUCCUUUGAACGCAACAUUAAACUUCUACUUUAGCGCGGCAAAGACGCCAUGUGCCUUGCGACUGACACUUAAUUUCGUUGGGUACUUCUUCGGACACAACGGAGUCCUUACGUUAGUGCUUAUAGCCACAGACCGAUACAUAGCUGUCUUUCAUCCGUAUGAAUACGAGAUGUAUACCUGCACGAGAAGAAAUAUUCUAUAUGCAUUACUUCUAGCGUGGGCUGUUUCCCUUGUCUUCGUCGCGGGCAGUUUUUUCACGCCAAAUUUCAUGCUUUAUACGAUAUUUGUUGCCAUUACGCUACUUGUUCUGCUUAUUUGGAGUGUCUACUCCCAAGGCAAAAUCCUUAACAUCACGCGGCAAAUUCUGAGAGAAAUCCGUCCGACGAACCACUCAACAGUCGAGCCUGAGACGUCAGUUUUCGAAAGUCAGUGUGUUUCUGAACCAACUGAUGGAAGCUGCGCGUAUACCGUGCAGACCGCAGAAACUGCCCGUGCGGAGUUAAGGGAAAUAAAAAGAAAGGCGAAAGACAAUCUCAACGCUAUAAAGGUAACCGCACUAAUUAUAGGCGCACAAUAUCUAUGUUACAUUCCACAUGGCGUUGUCGUGAUACUAUAUCUACUUGUCGAACCAACAACAUCUCUUCACAUUGCACAUGGCUGGACUGGAACUCUGGCGCUCAUGAACUCGACUCUCAACCCGAUUAUCUAUUGUUGGCAACUCAAAGGGUUUAUUCGCGCCGCUCGAAUAUUGCUGAGUCGUAGCAGAUAAGAGAAUAUUCGCGCGGUUCAUCAAGAAAGAUACUAUAGUAGAUUAAGUAGUAGGGCAUACCAGUAAUGACGUAGAAAAUGAGCCACUCACUAAAGAGGUUCAGAGUUAUCAACAGUGGCAAUGAGAGCGCUGGCUUUUUCUUGAUCAUUGAUUCUACGAAGGUUGAUUAAUUGAUAGAUAAAUCAUUGUUCAUGAAAGUAGAAAUGAUGCUGAGAAACUUUACAUGCUAUGUUGAUAAAGAAACAACUAGUUUGGUGAGGAUGGGAGAUGCUAAGACGAAACUGAUGUAUGAGCACAAAGUUGAGUGAUGAUAUCAUAAACGCAAGUGGCUGGAACAACGCCAAUGUACUUUGAGAAUAUGUAACUUUGUAUUAAACGAUCAAAGCAGCGGAGGCUUUGUGACAUCGUCCUAUGUCAUAGACUAAUUGAUCACGUGCUUAAUCAACCAAACAUUGGAUAAAAUACUAAGAAUGCUGUUUGCAGAGAAAUUAUUCGUGAACGAGUAUAAAUUUUCUUGUAUAUAAACACGACAAAGCCAAUGUGCUUGAAUUUUCUUGAAAGUUAAAACGAGUUUUGAAGGCUUCGCUAAUUACUUUGUCAUCAUUGCAUUUUCGAAGCUCUAACAUUUGGCAUAAGCUCUGAAUGUUUUGGUAAUCUGGACUGAGAAGGAUUUUAAAUCUUUUAUGUUUUAAUUUGCAAAUAUAGUGUCACGUAAAACCACUCAUUUGAGAAAAUGCACAAGUGGUUUCCAUAGGAUAACAGAACCUUCGUAUUUAUCAAGGCAAUAAGCAGAUGCGGAUGAGCUGUGAGUUCAACGGGAUAAUUGGAUGUUGCGCAGAUAAAUAUAUACUUAAACGAUUAAAUGUUUCGGGCAGAGAUAAUGCAAGUUAUAGCUACUGCUUUCAAAAUACAUGAUUAGCAAAAAUAUGCUAGAAAACAUGCAGGGAUCGCCUAAGCACACAAGUACUUAAUUAGCUAGCUAUACGUCAUUGUAUGUUAUACAAGCACUCGACGGCUAAGUUAUUUCCCUAUUCUGUGGUCCGGUGCUACUAGCCUGAUAGCCAGCCCAUUAUUCUAAAGGGAUAAGACCUGUUCCUUUAGAAAAAUGGGCUGGUUGUCAGGCCAAGGUGCUACAUGUUAUCAGGCUCUGAAACACUGCAAAUAUCUUGAGUUGAUUACAUUUGAAAAAUGGUCUUAAAUCUUCUAAUCAGGAAUCAAAAUCUUAUUUAUAUUCCAGAACUCAGACAGCCCCAGUUACCCUCAUAGUCUCCAAUAAGCCUAACAACCUUCAAUGAGCCCAACAAAAUACAAUAAAUGUACCCCAGUGAUCCCACGACUUCCAAUAAACCCCACAGCGCCAAUAAACUCUGUAGUUUCCAGAACCCCACAGCUCCCUUCAAACCCACAACCCUAAGCCGUUUAUGCAGUCCCCCAUAAAAUAGCCCCCAGAAUACCCCAGCUGCCUCACAAAUUAAGCAGUCUUUAGUAAGCACCGUAGCCUCAAGUAAACCCACAGCUCCUGCGUAAACCAAGGAGCGAAAAUAUAUCCUUGUGGUCAACCAUCCGUACAGAAAUACGACUAGAGAACUUUAUUGUAAGUAUGUUCAUAGUAGUGAAAUUUUAAGUUAUGCUUGUAUAAUGGAGGAAAUUGUUGUUAAUGAACUAAUUCAAUUUAAGUUAAUAUGUUUCCUCGGAGCCUGGUGUAAAAGAGGAAACAAUAAAGUUGUAGAUUUGAUUAAUAUAUAAAGUUGUGUCCAAGACGCCUGCCUGUAUGAACCUCAUAAAAAUGUUUGUGUUUUUGCACCUCUUGUCUCUUUUCCAAUGACCAGUUUUUAUACGGUACGUCCGGUACGUUAUCGACAGUUCAUAAUAUAACUUGCUUUAGGUGUUAUAAUUACCAGGUAGUCUUAUAAAGCCCUUUAGUCGCAUAACAGUUUUUGAAAGGAUCAAAAUACGUAAUGUAACUGGUACAGUAAUGGAAUGCAAAGUGACCUUAUGGCAAGUGUUACCAUGCAAAUAUGGCAAGUAUUAGUCACAUAGCUUAUUAUAAUGGCCCUCGUUUGUCGUGCGACUAUCAAGAACGCCAAAAGAAGUGCCAUUUUAAGGAGUAAAACAUGUAAAAGAAAACACAAAUUGCAUUAUUUUUUGCUCCAUGUGAUAUCUAUGUUUAUAAUUUCAUCUCUUUCUUACAAAUUUUACAAUUUUAGCGCAGUAUUUCAGCAUGCAAAUUCAAGCACGUAUAGAAUUUUCAAAAUCUAACAAGCAAAUUUUUAUUUGGCAAUUUCUUAGAAACUAAUGAACAAUCUAAUGAACAAAAACAGAAUCCCACAUUUUUUUAGUUUCCUUUUUAGCUUGUGCAUUUUCAGUGUAAUUCAAACAAUCGAUAUUCCAGAAUGCCAAUCCACGCAAACCAAGAUCGUUAAUUCCAUGUGCAUACUUUCUUGCCAGACUGUCAGGAUCAUCAUACCAAAUUUGAUGGAUCUUACCGCUUGUUUCCUUGUAAUUGAAAAAUGGAGUCUGGCUCUGUUCGUCAAAGUGUCUUCCGUCGAUAGCCAUUGGCAAAUAGGUCGACAUUAUGUUGGAGUAGCAAUACUGUGUCCCUGCAGCGUCACUACAUUCGACCCCUCUGAAUGGAACUUUUUUAAUUGCACAGACGUUUUUUUCAAACUUUGUGCAGGGGUAGUUGUAUCCAUACCAUGGCAGUCCAAGAACCAACUUUUUGGCAGGUAUUCCAAGCUUACGGUAUUUAUCAAUCCCUUAAAAAUACAUUGCAAUUUUUAAUUCAUCUAGAAAUAUCCAAGUUUGGUUAUUUGUUGAUAUUGCGAAAAAGAUAACAACUGAAUCAUAAAAAUAAUUGUGACGAAACUUUCAGGCGAUUAUAAAUAUGAUAUAUGUUGCUACGCAAUUUCUAUAUGUUUUCAUUACAACUAGCAGCCUCUCUAUUUCAAAUAAGAACUAAUUCGCGAUUUUCGUUUUCUAUCUAGAAUACAGUGUAAUGUGAGUACUUGAACCAAGGCAUAGUUUUACUAAAAAGCAAGCUCGCAAAAACAAACGGUAAAUGGCCUACUAAGGUCUAUGUUGCAGAUGAUUGAUCAGGUUGUCCUACAACCUCUUAUGACAUGCAGUAUAGCAGCUUGCUGCGCAAUAUGGAACUUUCAAAAUGGAGUUUCAAAGUGUUUAAGUUGAUAUUUGCAAGCAAAGUGAACAAUUCUUAACGUCAGUUUAACAAGCCACCUCCAUCUUACGUUCACCAGAAAUUCGAGUGUUUUAUGUCAUUAUGUUCGCAAAAAUGUCUACUAGAUGUUUGUAAUAGGAAUGUAGAAUGAACGAAUGAAUGUAAAUAAGUCAUUGACUGUUUGUUUAUCUGUUCAAACACAAUAUCAAAAAACUUUCGAAACACUUUGCUGCCUUUCUCUUUGAAUUUGUCUUAGGUAAAGGGUAUUUGAAAAUAACUCUGUUGAACUUUUGUCCUAUAUUUGAAAAGGUUAUACAACAUUAAUUAAAAGUGUUUGUUUAAAAUCUUAUUCACGAUAUAUAUAGAAAUUCAUCAAAAAACAGCCAACAUUUCACCAUCAACAUUCACCUCCUCGAUAAAACUGGAGCCUGGGCACUACUCUAAAACCCGCGGGAAUCGCUCCGGCAAAUCUGACAUCAGCAGGGAAGGAAUUUCGAAAACUGCUGACACAGUUUUCAAGUCGAAAGAUCAUAUACAUGAAAACUAUGACAAAAAUACAUUUAAACGACACAUUCAAUAAGACACAAGCGGUAAAAGCAGCCAAUUUGAUGACCGAUAAUGCACAAAUUCGAAUCGUGUCUCUGAGAUGGCUGUGGAAAUUGAGACAAUGUUAUGCUCAACUUCUUUCAAGAAGAAAUGUUCAAAGAGUUUGUCCUCGGAUGCAUCCAGAAAG